GGAGAGUUACAGAACGAAAACACAAAUAUGCUCUUAUUGGAUUCUGAGCUUCCUCUGUCCCCUCUUCUCAGACUAAGAAGAAAUCAAGAAGGAGAAAGAAGAAAAGACGACGAAUAAACUACAAGAAAGAAAGCGCGCGCACGCACGCACACUCCUCAGUUGCAGCAGAAGAUAAUAGGAAUUUGGGGGUGAUACUGAUAAUUUAACCGACCCCCUUUUCCGCAAUUCCCACUCUCCAGGUUUCAUUUGGUGUACACUACUACCCCAUGACUUCUUCUGUCCACGAUUAUUCUGAUAAUGCUGAGGCUGAUGAGCAGCAAAAGUACUCUGAAUCUCAGAAUCAUUCUUCAUCAGUCAUAAAUGGACUAAAUCAACCCAGCAUCGCGACCCCAAAUCAGUAUGUAACAUCUACUCAAAUUGGGGCAGGACAUGCUAUGGCACCCGCUGCUUAUCCAUAUCCAGAUCCUUAUUACAGAAGCAUCUUUACUCCCUAUGAGCCUCAACCAUAUCCUCCACAGCCCUAUGGUGGGCAACCUAUGGUCCAUCUUCAGUUAAUGGGAAUUCAGCAAGCUGGGGUUCCUUUGCCAACAGAUGCAGUUGAGGAGCCUGUUUUUGUCAAUGCUAAACAGUAUCAUGGCAUUUUACGACGUCGACAGUCCCGUGCAAAAGCUGAAUCAGAAAAUAAAGCUCUAAAGUCUAGGAAGCCAUACUUGCAUGAAUCUCGACAUCUGCAUGCAUUGAGGAGAGCUAGAGGUUGUGGUGGGCGGUUUCUCAAAUCAAAUAAAAAUGAGAAUCAUCAAAAUGAAGUGGCAUCAGGUGAUAAAUCACAGCCAAAUAUAAAUCUGAAUUCUGAUAGAAGUGAUCUUGCUUCUUCAGAGAACUGAUGUCUGAGGCAUUGUUGGGUGAAUGGUGAACAGCGCAUUUCAACAAUUGUAAGGAAAUUGAGGUCCCAAUGCCAGCUUCAGUUGCCUUAGUAUUACUUCAUCCUUGGUCUAUACUAGCAGCAUUAUAGCAUAUAGGUUUUGGUAGCAUGUUACUUAGGGAGGGUCCAAAAUGUAGCAGGCAAAAGUAUGCAAGUUUUAAUAACAUCGUAAAUACUGAAGUGAGUUAGCUGAUUGUUCUGUUUGAGUGGCGGUUGCAUUAGGUUUGCAAAUAUUAGAUUCACUGUUUUGUAGUGUUAGUUGCUAUUUACGUUGCUCCCCACCUCAAAAAUAAGUUCAGUGGUUGAAUUGAAAUGAUGGAACUCGUAUUGUAACAUAUUGGUCCUUGCAGUACUUUCUUAUUUUCUUUUAUUUUCUUUUCUGGGUUUUUAAAUGGCUUUGUGUACUAUCUUUUGCUGAGAAAAAGGUAAACACUUUUCCUUGGCCAUUUUAGUUUGUGAUGAUCCCCAAGACCAUAUUAGCUGAAAAAGACAACAAAUUUGUGUUUAAAAGUAGUCGUCCACUUAAAGUCCCUGGUUUUUAGGCCUAAUAUUUGAAUUAGCUUGAACGGAUUGGCACAGUGCAUAUUAAAGCUGAUGAAGCUGAAACUAUUAUGGGAAGUUUUGUAAUGGAAGGAGAUGAAGUCGACAAGAGGUCAGGUCUGGGUUCCUAUUGAAUGUACGAAAGGAGUAUACAUUCGUAGUGUUUGGUCUUGUUGUAGGAAGUAAAGGAGUGUAGGCAAGUUGAUACAGCAUCUCCAUAGUUUGAUAUCAGUCUUCAAAAUUGCAGCAGAAAAUAAUAGAAUCAAUCUUCUAUGGCUGGAUAUUUUGAACUUGUAAAUAACGAGACAAUGUAGUGCAACUGUUCUCAUAACUUCCCCAACAUCUUUUGUUUAUUAAACGCUGCAGGAAAAAACCUGAACAUCUUUUGGUAAUGGUGUGCUGACAUUUUUUUUUCCAUGUUUUGCUUUAUUUUUCGUCUUGUAUUGUAUUGUAUCCUAUGUCAAUAACUUCUAUAAUUCAGUUAAGUUGCUCCUACCAUGUA